UGCAGCGAACGAGGCUAUGCUCUCGCGUUCUGCCUUGCCGAUCAACCUCGCACAACCAAUCCCAAUAGGAGUAUAUGAAUCCUUCGGGCAGUGCUUCUUCUCCUAGAACGGCCCGGUCCACUUCAUCGCUCCUCUUAUUGGACUUCUACAGCCCAAACAUUCCUUCAUACGGUUUGUAUAUCGUAAAAUCCUUGCAAUGUUAGGGAACGCCAGCAGUCAUCGUUACUGUGCCUCUUUUAGCUUCAAGGAUUCCGGGCAAGUAUGGGGAGUGCUGACAUGCUUAUACCAUAACAUGGCCGGUCGCUUCAAUCCUUUUGGCGUUUCUUCCAUCCUUCCCCGCAUGUUGCUGCCAUGAUGGAUUUGCUUUCGAUACUCCGUGGCGCAUCUUUGGUUUCCCUAUUCGCCCUCACUUUGGCUCAGAACACACCCAAUCCUCUAGAAUGCACGAUCCCAAACACUCCUGGCAAUUCUAGCUAUUCGAUCUCAAGCUCGACCGAUUUGAACAAGUUUUCAGGAUGCACGACUAUAACCGGAACCAUUUCUGUCGACCCGGGCUUCGACAGCGACGUGCUCGACUUCGACGAGGCCCUCGACACUGUAGAUGGAGACUUUAUUGUUGCAAACGUUACUCGUCUUCAGCGAAUCAAUGCUCCGAAGCUUCACAACAUUACCGGUGGUCUCAACAUAACCAGCAAUGCGAACCUGACAAACACGACCCUCCCUGUAUGGAUUCUAGGAGGAAACCUGACGAUUUGGGGAAACAACAAGCUGGGCUUCCUCGAGGUGCCUAUCAACGGUGACUUUCUCCAUGAUAUUAGCCUUGGCGAUGCAGCCUUUGACCUGCCGGGUAUUCGCUCAAUCACGGGAGACUUGAACUUGACUCGGAUCCAGGAUGAAUUCACGGUCAGCUCGCUCGUUAAUGUGGGGGGCGGCGUGUAUGUUGAAGCCACUACCAUCAAAAUCUUUACCGCCAAAAAGCUACUGGGCAUCGACAAGGAUUUCAGGCUUGACAGGAAUGGGAACCUCACGAUCCUUACACUCCCUUUACUACAAUACAUUGGCGGUACGCUCGAAGUAUGGGGAGCGAACAUCACACACUUCACCGCGCCGAACCUUAUGGCAAUUGGAGAGGGCGUGGACUUCUCCUCCAAUGAAAAGCUCCAAACGAUUGAGUUCGCGGGCCUUGAACGCAUCGGCUCCUUAUGUUGCGGUAUUCAGAGCUACGAUCUGGAAGAUAGAAAUGCUUCUGGAUAUCACGCCGUGAACUUCUGGGGCAAUGCGGUUCUCAACAACAUCUCGAUGCCAGAGCUUAAGAGCAUUGGGGCAGAUUGGGACCCCGAGGUAUUACCUUGGUGGAAUCUGAACGCAACUUUGAAUCCCGAACUUCAUAACUUUGAUGGCCUACCGAGCCUGCAGACCAUCAACGGCAGCAUGUACAUAAAUGGGAGCUUCUCGUCUAUCAAAAUGCCCUCUUUGUUCAACAUUAGCCACUCGGUCGUGAUCAAUUCAACUGAGUUUCUUGACGGGGACUGCAGCGUCAUCGAAGCCACCCACCAUAUCAAUGGUGAUUUCAACUGCGACGAUAAUCCUAACUACGGCUGGCACCCUGGGUCAGAUUUAGGAUCUAAUGGAGGCCUUAGCAAAGGGACAAAGGCAGGAAUAGGUGUCGGCGUGGCCAUCGGCGGUACCUUACUCAUCUCCGGUAUCAUAUUCGCGUUCAUGAGAUGGAGACGGAGACGGCGCGCUGCGCGAGUCAAGGUCCUGCAAGAAGACGGCUACUCGAUGCCCGAGCUGCCCAGAGCCACCAACGCAUACCCAGCACUUCAACCGCUGCAGCAGGCAUCGCCGCUCGCUGCCGAAUCUUCCCAGCAGCAUCUUGCCGGCGCAGGGUAUCGCGAGGUCAACUCUCCACAUUCAUCGCCUAUUCGAGACGUCUCGAGGGAGUUGGAUAGAGAACUGAGCCAAGGAUCGAAAGGCGGAGGGCACAUGGGAGACAUCAGCCCGCCCACCUCACCACGAGGCCGAGGGAUCGGGGCGGGAGAAGGGAGCAGCAGCUGGCGCGACGUCAGUCCGCCUCCACCGGACUACGAGGCGGCCACGAACGGCCCACGCUAAAGGAGCUGACUAUGGUAAAUACCAAAGAAAGGACAAGAGCCACGAACCUGAAUGCAUUCCCGUCACUGAUUACUGAACCCGUUUCC